AUGCGUGCGGGGCCUCCAGCCCCGGUCCACAUAUCCGCAUCAGCAUUCUCAGAGGCCGCGGCACAGGCCCAGUGCACGAGUGGCACACGGCGUCAUUCCCAGGUCUGCAACCAGCGGGAACACGAUAUGCUGCUAUUGACGGCGAUUUUGGCGGCCUUCACAAGAGGCAGUGGCGGCCAUUCCUAUGAUACAGGCACUUUGGAGAGCUCCGCUGGGACAGGCACAGGAGCACAGGGGAGGUUGCCGUACAUGGCAUCGAUUCGCCGACACGGAGAUCGGCAACACGUCUGCUCCGCCAUCCUUUUGGACCAACAGCACGUCCUCACAGCUGCCCACUGCGUCGAUCCUCAGUCGCACUAUUCGGCCGGCUUAAGGCCCAUUGUGUACAUUGGCCUGACGAAUGUGGACGCCGACGGGGAAGAAUUCGUUGAGGUACUGAGGGUAUCCCACACUAUCAUACACGAGAAUUGGACUCCCACUGUGGGCCAGAGAUCCCGCUGGAACCUUGCGAUAUUGAGAACCGAGCAGAGGUCACAGAAGCAAGCUCCCACGAUCCUCAGCGAUCACUUCGAGCUGUCAUCCGGCCAGAAGCUUGCCAGCAUCGGGUACGGUGCUGGCGAAGAUGGCCCAGCUCUGGGCCAAGACAUUUUCGGCACUGUCAAGAUUGAAGACAUGCAGUUCCUGGAAGGCGCACUGUGCAACCGGCCUGAUCUUUGGAACGGUGGACUGGAAGAACACAUGCUGUGUGGACUUAAUCAAGGCGCCACGGCCAGCUGCAUAGGUAGGGCAGUACAUUCAGUGAAACAGCAAAACGAUGGGCAUUCACAGCAUCCAGCUCUUUGUGAAAGUAUUGAAAUGACUCGCUGUACAUGGGAGAUAUGCCUAUCUGAUGUUGUUGAUGUAAGCGUCCCCAACCAUUUACUUUUAAGACACAGCAUUAAGUCGCACUUGUGA